AUGACAAGGGAGAAUACCCCAAUCACCCCCAGCGACGACGGCGCGAUGCAAGAUACGGCGUUUGAAGCAGCGUCCCGCUUCGGUGAAGCCAUCGACCCGAUACAUCUGGUGGGGCAGGACGAUCCAAAUCCCGUUACAAGAGCGGCAGUAGCCGGUGAGAUUGACCCGCUUGGACUGCAUGUCAAAGAAGCCAUAGCGACGAUCAACCAGCUCGAAGGACUCGGCUUGCAACGUUUGAAGAUCCCUCUACCAAAGUGCAUAGUUCUCGGCGAACAGUCCACCGGCAAGUCCUCCGUCAUAGAAGCCAUCUCUGGAAUCAAGACCCCCAGGUCGACCGAUACCUGUACUCGCUGCCCGCUGUUUAUCAAGCUGGAGCCCUCCGAGAAUCUGCGUGCUGGCUGGAGUGCAACUGUCAGUCUACGUCGCGAAUAUAGUUUCGAUGUGAACAUGUCCCGCAAUUACGAGUGUCGAUUUCCUGGUUGGGUCCAAAUGGACCAGCCAAACAUCGUUCAUUUCGCAGAAACCGACGACCCCAAUGAGCUCGAGAGAAUCAUUGCGCGUGCACAACUGUCCGUCAUUAGUCCCCUGACGGAUUACCGAGAGUUCCUUCGUCCCACAAUCGCUGGACUUGGAGAUCAGUAUCGUUGCGAGUUCAGUCCGAACAUUAUCUGUAUCUCCAUCACGCAUCCAGACUUGCCGGCUCUCAGCUUCUAUGAUCUACCGGGUAUCAUCGGCCAAGCAGAGUCAGCAGAGUCGCAAUUUCUAGUCAAAUUCGUUCGGGACCUUGUGACAGAUUACAUCAAAGAUCCAGAAGCACUUAUCCUCGUGACAUGUUCACUGGAGAACGACAUUGCCAACUCAACAGCGGGUGGCAUCGCACGUAGCCUGAACGCGACUGAUAGAUGUAUCGGUGUGCUCACGAAGCCCGAUCGUCUCCCGCCUGGCUCUAGACAUGACAAACUCAAAGCUAUCUUCGAACAGAAACGCUUCGCUCUGGGCCACGGCUAUUCCGUUGUCAAAAACUUGGGACAAGACCAGAUCGACCAAGGUCUUACACAUCAACAAGCGCGACACCAAGAGCAGCAGUUUUUCAAUCAGGAAGAGCCUUGGGCGACUGAGUUCAAGAAAUACGAGCAUCGUUUCGGAACUUUAAAUCUCCAGGGCUUUUUAUCUGGGAAGCUUGCCGAGCAGAUCACCAAGAAAUUGCCUAUCAUCGACCAGGAGAUCACAAUUAGACUUCAUGAGGUUGAGACUGCCCUACUGCAGUUUCCCGAGUCGCCUACCCACAAUGCGUCGAGGAUCAUAUCAGACGUCAUCCUAGACUUUUCGCAGGAGGUACGCAAGGAACUUGCCGCUGAGUUUCCGUGUAAGAUCUGGCGCAACCAUUGGAAGGCACUCCAGCAGGCGUUCUUCGAUGCGCUAGUGAGCAUGAAGCCUACUAUGGCAACGACUGGAAGUCUAGACAAAGGGAUAUUUUCAGAAGUACUAGCCUCCCAGCCAGGUAGUUCUGCUACCAAGGCAAUCUCUCUCGAUGAUGACGAUGAGGAGGACGAGGACGAGGAAGAUACCGAAGAAGAGCGAGUGCUCGAGACCCCCACUAAGAAACGCAAGCUCGAAGGUACACCUGGGCCGUCCCCAAUCAAGACACCAACCCGGCGCGGUGUCGCAAACACUUCAGAGACUAGAGCCGCGAGUCCCGACUUUAGCAACCUGAGAAAGAAGUUCUUUCUCGACGAGGUCAAACAACAUCUAGCAGAAAAUUCUCAGUCGAGAAUUCGCGGUCAAAUCGAGCCUCGUGUCGUGGACGCUAUGAUGCUAGACACGCUGAAAGACUGGGGCAAACCCCUUGGUCUGUUUUUCAACACGCUUGAGGGUCAGAUCCAUGACCAAAUCAAGUCCUUGUUCGACAAACACUUUAGCAAAUGGGCGAAGUCUACCUUUCAAGUCAGGGCAUGGGAAAUCGUUGAGCAGAUGCUGAAUAUGAACUUCCACCAGCAAAGAACUACAAUGGCUGAUGAGAACCUGAACGACGAGAGAGAAGGACCGUACAUCUUCCAUCAAGACAUCUUCGAUGCUGAGAAAGCUAAUACUCUCGACAAUUACAACCAGGCUCGUCUCAGGGCCCGUUUGAACAUCUACAAAAAGACGAGAGAGAGGCGAACAGGGAAGGUCAUGACGACCACAGACGAAGAUAGAUUGAGGAAAGACGAGAAGGCCAUGACUGUGCUGAAUCGAGAGCCGUACCUUGUGGAGAUUGGAGUCGUCGCUCAAGUCACCACAUACUACAUGCUAGCCGUACGUCGCUUCCACGAUGCUGUUUGCAUGAGGAUCGAGUCAAAGUUCUACAAGCAGCUUCGCACCCAGCUCCGAGACGAAAUGGAAAACGGAUUGGGUCUCAAUGAUGGAGACGAAGGUCAUCGCAACGCGGUCCGUCUUCUUGCCGAAGAGCCAGCACGAUACAACCAGCGCAAAGAGCUCGUCGGACAACAGCAGUCACUCCUCAAGGGCAAGAAGAUUCUCCGAGAGUUACAACACAAACAUUACGACAGUAACCCGUCUUCAGCGGCUAGUACUGGUUCUCGUGCAAGUUACGCUUCUGGUGCUGCGUUCGCCGGUAUGCCUACUCCGCUGCAUGAAGGCAUGGACGGUGUUCGUGAGUCUUCUCUUCCACACCGUUAA